ACCACGGCGACUACGGUGAGACGAGAAAAAUAAAAACAAGGCAACGUGUUGCUAUUCUGUGCUAAUAAAAUAGUGAUUUGCAAUAAAAUCAAAGAAAAAUGUCAUUAAUAAUGACUAAAGCUGCACUUGCAAUGAAGAAUCCGGAGGUUAACUUUAAAGUAGUAAAGUUUGAAGCUCACAAGCCUAAAAAGAAAAAGGUUGCUGAUAAUAGUGAUAAUAAUGAAAUAAGACCUGGAAGCCAGCAGUCUAGCAAAGAUUUAGAUCUAAAGAAGAUUCGCCAUGAAGUUGUUAAGUUUGGAAUGUCAGGGUUUGACCCUACGAAGAAAGAAGAAGCCAGGAUAGCACUUGCAGUUAGUCUAGGUGCCAAACCUCCUAAAAAGGAGUAUGUAAACUAUAAAGAGCUUAUGGAAAAGAGGAAACAAGAGAAGAAAAAAGAGUUAGAAGAUAAACAGCAGAUGAGAUCUAAAAGUAUAUUACAGACUGGAGGCAAGAAGAAAAAGAAAGGAAACAAUGAUGUCGGACAUUUACUUAGCAGUUAUGGAAAGGUAAAGAAGAAUGACUUGAAGAAAGAUGAUAAAGGACCAAAAAAGAAGAAAAAGAGUAAAAUUAUUUGAAUAAUAAAUUAUUGUAAAUACGAAA